GAUGGAACCUAAACGUACCAUCAUGUUAGAUGAAUGAGUGUGUUUGGUUUCAAAUUUAGAGAGGUCAAACGUGGAUCUAGAAAUCCAAAAGCAACUAUUUAUUGUUUCUGAAAACAUUGGUCGGCCAAACGUGAAUCUUAAAUGAGUUUUUCAAACAUGUCCUGAGUAAAAAUGCAAUCAGUCCUUUUGAAAGAUUUAAUAGAUUUUUGAAAAAAAUACCAUUAGGAAGAUUUUUAAGAAUAAUUCAUAGAGAAACAUUUUCUAUAAAUAUUGUUAUUAUUAUCUUCUUCUUCUCAACUCUUUACAGGGUUUUAACUUUCUUGUUCCAGGAACGAUACCGUACCAAGUUCUGGUCUAGGGUUUUUGUCUUUGCAGGAAUCACCAAUCAAUCAACUCUCGAAGAAGAAGAAGCAAAUAUCAAAAUUACACAUUCGAACAGCGAUGCCUAGGUACUAUUGUGACUACUGCGAUACCUACUUGACCCAUGAUUCUCCAUCUGUGAGGAAGCAGCAUAAUGCAGGUUACAAACACAAGGCAAAUGUGAGAUUGUACUACCAGCAAUUUGAAGAACAACAAACUCAAAGUAUAAUUGAUCAGAGGAUCAAAGAACAUCUCGGGCAAGCUGCGGCUUUUCAGCAGGUUGGUGUUGCUUAUAAUCCCAUGAUGGCUCAAAGGCCUCCUUAUCCUAUCCUGCCACCACCAAGAUUGCCCAUCUCCGGAAAUGCACCAAUCCCGGGAGGAUAUUAUCCUGCGCCGGGCAUGCCACAAGCGGUACCUCCACCUGGCGCUCCCUUGGUACCAGGUCAAGCACCUAACCUACCCAGGCCCCCUACACUAGCUCCCCCACCAAUAGGUCCUGGAAAUACUGCAACACCAGCUUCAAAUGGUGCUCCGUCUACGGCUUCCUCAGCGACGUAUCAAGCCAAUCCAUCUGCGCCACCGACAGGAGGUUAUGGAGGUUAUGAUAGUUACAAUUCCAAUGCUCAAGCACCUGAAGGCAAUCACUGACGUGGUCAAAUCAAGUAUGCUAUGUUGCAUGGAAUUACCUGAUGCCAUACUUGUUCAAUAAAAGUUUCACCUCCAUACUAUUUUCUAUUGGUAACAGGGGGGUAAAGCUUAGUAUUUGCAGAGAAUCUUACACUAGCUGGAUUACUCAUUCAUACUGCUUAAUUUUAUCUGCCAUGAGAGUCAUAUGAAUAGAGAUUUUUAUGCUCUACCUGUUAGCAGUCAGCCAAAUGAGGAUCCUCACUUGCCAUCUUAAAUUUGGAGCUUAUAACAUUGAGAUUUGUGGUCUAUAGUUUGUCAAGCACCAUGGCUGUGGGAAAAAUUGUACGGAUACUAUUCCUGGAUGAAGGAAUUCAUUAAGUGCUAAUUGCUUGGAAUUUUCUGA